UUCUAUUAACAACUGUAUCUUCCUCAAAGUUUGUUCCUAGGAUUUACUUUUUGCUGUAAAAAUUAUAUCCUUCUUGGUUUGUUUGUAUCUGGUAUUUGCAUUAAAGCUCCGACUAAUCUUGAUUCGAGUCCAUUAUCGUGUAGUGCAUAUGGGGUUUUGCUAAAAAAGUCUCUUGGUUUGUGGCCGUACUCGCAUUGAAGUAAAGGGUGAAAGGUCGAACCUGAGACCUCUGAUUAUGUUGUGUAUAUGGGAUUAUUGAAGGAUUGAAGUGUAUUGUAAAAAUGUAUUUCAAGAAUAGAGGAGCAACAGAAAGGCCAUCAAAAAGUGUAGUUUCUCAAAAAUGGAGUCUUUUUCUAUGUCUUGUUGGUAGUUUUUGUGCUGGAAUGAUCUUCACAAACAGAAUGUGGACAAUUUCUGAAACAGAAGGAGGAAUUACAAGAACAACUACAGUUGAAGCUGAAAAAUUGAAGUUAGUUUCAGAAGGAUGCAUUACAAAAUUUUUGCAGCAGAAAGAUAUAAAACUUGUAUCUAAAGAUAUUUUUGGGAAUGUUUCCAAGGCGAAUCAUGCUAUUGAGACAUUAGACAAAACAAUUUCAAAUUUGGAGAUGGAAUUGGCUGCAGCAAAAGCAACACAGGAGUUGAUUCUUAGUGGAGCUCCGAUAUCAGAAGAGAUCGAAAAAGAUGAAUCACGAAGAAAAAGGAAAUAUUUUAUGGUGGUAGGAAUAAACACCGCGUUUAGUAGCAGAAAAAGAAGGGAUUCAGUUCGCGCUACAUGGAUGCCACAAG